CGGUCGAGGGAAUACCAUAAAAAUCGCCUUCAUUGAAUCGGCCAACUUGGAAUACACUAUAAAGCCGCCUUCAACCAUCCGUAUCCGCCACAAUAGAAAACUAGGAGCCUUGAUUGUGUUGUCAAUGAAAGAUCCAAGUGUAUUGGAAAGAUCAGUUUUCUUCUCCGUAUAUGAUUCUAAAAAACUCACCACCACCAUCACUGUUUUCCUUUCACUCUCGCCCUUCUCCUUCUACAUCUCCAUCUCUAAAAAAAAAUAAAAACCCUAAACUUAUCGACCAAUGCACACUAAUUCUGGUAACCAUCGUUUCUCGCCCUGAAACAUCCACACACUCAAAACCCUAGAUCCAUCGCCUCCCUCCUCUUUGAACCGGCCAAAGUAGAUCCCUGUUCCGCCUUCAACUACCCAUAAAUACCCCACCGACUACCAUGAACGCCCAUACACACAGUCGCAUAAACCCUCCUACCUCCACAUAUUUGAGUUUCAAACUAUGACUUCAGGAAAUCAAAGGUAAACUGGCUUAUGUGCUCUGAUACCAUCACUAUCUCAACACCAUCAUCAAACGCCUCAAGGUACAUACCAGCAGCAAUAGACCAGUUCGAUAAAAUGAAAUCGACGUCAAAACAUCAAAAUCGGACGUUCUUAACUGGCACUUGGUUCAAGAUCUAGAUCUGGUGAUCUGCAACCGGCAUCCCAUCAUAUGUUUGCAUCUUUUUUCUUAUUCGAGGAUCCUUGAUGAAGCUACCAUUCAAGGUAAGCAAUGAUUUAAACCCAAAGCCUCGAUCUUCUGUGUUUUAUGAUCCUCACCUAUAAGUAUUAAUUGAUAUCUGUAAAAAGUUUUGAUUUUGAGAUUUCCCCAAUUUAUUAAUAUUUCUGCUUAAACAUGAAUGAUGUAGCCUUGAAUUUCGUAUUCACAAUCUAGGGUUCUUUCUUUUUGCAUUUAGUAUGUAUUUUCCUUUUUUUUAUAUGGGAUUCUAACUACAUUCCGUUAUUUUUCAUAUAAUAAAAGUUGAAACAGAAAAUAUGAAGCUGAUGAAGGAUGUGAGUUAGUGUAUGUUGGUAUGUAGUUCGGUUCUUACAAUUUGGUGUAUCUCAAUAAUUUUGAUAAGUCUGUACCUACAGAAUGUGAAAUUUUCAAAGCUAGAUCUACACAAGCAUUUGGGCUUUUGAUUGGGGAAAUGAAUCAAAUAGAAAGAGAUGGCUGUGACACUCACUCUUUCACUAUAUUGUGUCUCAAUUCUAUAAGACACGUGCAAGUGUGUCCUUUGUCAGAUUGUGUCUGACUGAUAUGAUGAUAAAUAUAUGGUAUGGACUUUUGAAACUGAAAAUUUUCAAUUUUGACAAGUUAAAAUUGCAUUUGGUUGGGAAGUAAAAAAAUGAAUUGGGAUGUAUUUGAAUAUCAUUAUAUCAUAGAAGUUUGCAGGGCUAGAAGAAUGACAAAUAUCAGGAAACCUAUAUUAAGGUAUACGUACCUGGUGGCUCGUGCUAAAUUUACCGUUCGUCUUCAACCCGAGAUCCGGGCAAAAAUCUUUGAAUUUUGGCAUGCCCUCUCCUUAUAUCAGUUAAAAAGCCCUAACACCACUUGCCACCUCCGUUUACCCCUGCCAUCACCGAACCACCAACGUACAAAUGGACAACUUGCUACUCUAUCCCGACUAAAAAGAGGACCAAACCUAUUUGAUUUCGGAUUUCAUGGAUCGAGAAGUGGCUUAUUUUCCCAAAGUUAUCAUUCUAGAGGUCCAACAUUGGCUCCUUUGAAAAUAGAUGAAAGAAAUCAACUUCGCAGGGUUUUAGCAAGAACAAUGAUGAAAUUAACAUGACAGAUUGACAGGCCUGGAUGUUGGAUCGCUUUUUAUUGAUGAUAGUUUUUUGGUUAAAACGGAUGAGCCUACGCAACCAUGCUCAUGUUGAAGUUGUCCAACAAGCACGAUUAAUGAUUAUCAAAUUGGUUUUAAUAUAUGUUUGGAUGAUAACAGAUUAGUAGAGUACUGUACUUUAUUAUUUAAUGAGUUGCAACUUUUUUUUUUUUGACAAUAAUAGACAUGUUAAAGGGUGUUAUUUAA